AAAAGAAACCUAAUUUGGUGGCUGACCAAGCAGUCAUUAGUCAAAGCAUAGGCAUAACAGCUGAGAAACGUGACGUGAGAGAGCAGAAGGAAGAUCAAAGAAGUGUUGCGAACAAUGAGCGAAGGUCCAAAGCUCUACGACAACAAACCCAAAAAAGCUAAAUUGAAACAAUUUCAAGAGCAACAUACAGGAAAGGAUUUUGCUUCAACAUCAUCAGGUGCAGCAGCAUCAUAUCAAAUGGGUCCGCCACCACCACCACCUCAGCCUCCCAAGGAAUCGUUUGCAAGGCGUUACAAGUUUCUUUGGCCUCUUCUCUUGGCUAUUAACUUAACUGUUGGAGCUUACCUUUUCAUGAGAACAAAGAAAAAGGAUACAAGCAUAACGGAAGAAGAUGUAGCAGGAGAUGUAGGUUCAACUCCUGUUUCAACUACAACUUUCACUGCCCCUCCAGUUACUGAAAAGCCAAUACCUGCACCAUCCAUCACACAACCUGUGAAGUUGCCUGAACCUAUUCCAGACAGUCAGCAGCUUGAACUUUUUAAGCAUAUAUUGGAAGAGAAAAGGAAAGUCAAACCGAAAGAUCCAGAGGAGAAGAAGCGCCUUGAUGAAGAGAAAGCUAUACUCAAACAAUUUAUUCGAGCAAAAUCCAUUCCUAAGAUAUGACUGAUAGGCUUUGUCCAAACAUGGAUAUUUCCUUCUUUCAGAAUUUUGGAAGUUUGGUUUCUUGAAUUUCAAGUUUUCUGUUAGUUAUGUGAAAUCUGCUAGAAAUUGUAUCAUUUUCUUGACAAGUACUUUCCCAAUACAAUUGUCGCCAUGUAAAUUUCAGGCAUUAUUGCCUAGUCUGCAACUGUUAAAUCUGCAAUGAAUAAUUGGUGAUUAGAAUUA